AUGUUCUCCCCGUAUUCGGAAGAAUUCGAGGUCCCCGAUUCGACUCUUCGACCAUGCGAUUUUGAUCUCUCCCCUCCCACAUCCAAGCGGAUCAAGACUUCGGCCUCAACGAGUGCCCCGUCUCAUCUGCUUGCUCAACAACAGCAGAUCAAUCCUUUUCAUCGGGUGCCGACCUUUGAAGGCAUCCCGAUUCCUACCGCACCCAUCCCCCAACAGCAACCCCAGCAGACUUCCUCAACGUCGCGCAAACGUCCCUCGUCCCCUACGGUGGGAUCCUCCACGAUGAUGGCCGCUCCGAUGCCCACUCCGGGCACGAUCGAAGGUGACCCCAGUGCCAUGCCGCCCACCGUCGAAGCCACACCCAAAAAGAAGGGUCGCACCAAUACCCCAUGGACUGCAGAGGAGGAGCAAAGGCUUAAGACCAUGCGCGAUGCCGGCCGUAGCUGGAGCGAGAUCGCAAAGACUUUCCCCACGCGCACCGAGGGCAGUGUGAAGAAGCACUGGUACAAGGACAUGCAUUACGCUGAGUUUGGCGAAGAAGAGUCCAUAAAGCUUCGUGAUGCGAUCAAGGAGUACGAGGCGAAUAAGUGGAAGGUCAUCGGCCAGAAAGUUGGCAAGCCGGCUAAGGCCUGUGAACAAUAUGCCAAAGAGCACUUCAAGAAUCUUUGA